AUGAAAGAAGAUACAGAGGCUGGUUCAUCCACAAACGUUGUUAAUGGCCAGAAGACCUCGAAUGGAGAGGAUCAGAAGGUUGCAUUUUACAAGCUGUUCACGUUUGCAGAUAGGCUUGACGUGGUUUUGAUGAUCGUUGGAACGUUAUCUUCCGUUGCUAAUGGCUUCGCUCAGCCUCUGAUGACACUCAUUUUUGGCCAGCUUAUAAACUCCUUUGGUACCAGUGGUCGAUCAGACAUUGUUAAGGAAGUUUCAAAGGUAGCACUAAAAUUUGUGUACUUGGCAAUUGGAUCCGGCAUCGCUUCUCUUUUACAGGUAUCCUGUUGGAUGGUUACUGGAGAAAGACAGUCUACCCGCAUCCGAGCUCUGUACUUGAAAACAAUAUUGAGACAGGAUAUUGGCUUCUUUGACACUGAAACAAACACUGGUGAAGUCAUUGAAAGAAUGUCUGGUGACACUAUUCUCAUUCAAGAUGCCAUGGGUGAAAAGGUUGGGAAGUUUAUACAGCUACUAGCAACAUUUUUCGGUGGCUUUGCGAUUGGCUUUGUUAAAGGAUGGCUUCUUGCAUUAGUUCUGCUUUCCAGUAUUCCUCCUCUUGUGGUUGCCGGUGGAGUCAUGGCUUUGAUCAUGUCAAAAAUGUCAAGCCGCGGACAGGUUGCUUAUGCAGAAGCUGGAAAUGUUGUAGACCAAACAGUUGGAGCCAUAAGAACAAAGCAUGCAAUUGAGAAUUAUAACAGUAAGCUGAAAGUUGCCUAUAACUCUGCCGUCCAACAAGGGUUGGCCUCAGGCUUGGGACUUGGUACAAUGUUGUUUAUUGUCUUUGCCACUUAUGCACUUGCCAUAUGGUAUGGAUCCAAAUUGAUCGUAGAGAAAGGUUAUAACGGUGGGCAAGUUAUGACUGUUAUUAUAUCAAUUAUGACUGGUGGAAUGUCAUUGGGUCAGACUUCUCCAUGUUUGAAUGCAUUUGCAGCAGGGCAAGCUGCGGCAUAUAAGAUGUUUGAGACCAUUAAACGGAAGCCAAAAAUCGAUCCCUAUGACACUACCGGGAUGGUGUUGGAAGAUGUGAAUGGAGAAAUUGAACUCAAAGAUGUGUAUUUCAGAUACCCAGCCAGGCCUGAGGUUCAAAUCUUUUCUGGAUUUUCACUGCAAGUUCCAAGUGGCACAACUACAGCUUUGGUUGGGCAAAGUGGAAGCGGGAAGUCAACUGUUAUUAGCCUUGUUGAGAGAUUUUAUGAUCCUGAUUCUGGCCAAGUGCUUAUCGAUGGUGUUGACUUAAAAAAGCUGAAGCUUAGUUGGAUAAGGGAGAAGAUUGGACUAGUUAGUCAGGAACCUAUCUUAUUUGCAACCAGCAUAAAGGAAAACAUAGCAUAUGGGAAGGAAAAUGCAACUGAUCAGGACAUCAGAACAGCAAUCCAACUAGCCAAUGCUGCAAAAUUCAUUGACAAAAUGCCUGAG